UAAUCUGCUUGCCUACCAUCCAUCCUUACCGCACCUUAUCCAUUAUCUGUCUCCCAUACAAGUUGAACCCAUUUUUAUUCUCUUCAACAUUUGGUUCAUAAGUUUUGAACCUUACCUUGUACAACAAUAUAGCAAUGGCAAUAGCCUCAGCUACACUAUCUCCACCCAUAUUGGCUGCCGCUGCUGCCACUGUUGGCAAUCCCAGGAGGAGAACUAGCAUUAAUGUAAAUUACGUAACAGGACUGAAUUCUUUUGAUGGGCUAAAAGCUCAUAACAAUUUGGUCUCACUAGGCCAACCAGUGUGCAUUGAGCAAUCUUUUGCAAAGAUUGUAAGCUCACUCGAAGCUCCAUCAAAGGGGGAAGGUAGAGGUGGUGGUGCCCUUUCUUCUAUUUGCAGUGCAGUUGGUGAAAUAUUCAGGAUUGCAGCAAUCAUGAAUGGGCUUGUUCUCAUUGGAGUUGCUGUGGGAUUUGUUCUUCUUCGAAUUGAAGCAUCUUUGGAAGAGGCUGAGUGAGAAUUUAAGAAACUUUAGUUGUUUCAUAUAUGUCUACUUUUUCUUUGGCGAAUUUCCACUUUAAUUUCUUUCAUGCUUCAUUGAUGUGGGACUUGAUUGUGU